UCGCUCCCGGAAGUGUAUGACAUGGAAGGGAGAUAACUGCAAUUUACCCGAAAUGCCGGUGGAGAUAAACGUCAACAACCAAAUAACAGUUGUAUUCCCAUUCAAAAUGACAAUGAAUGUGAUUGUUUUAAAGUUUAUUCAUUACGUCUUAACACUUGCUACUUUUGUGAAACAAUUUCUUUUUCGAAUUCCUUCGUUGCCAUUCAACAAAUCGGACAGUUUGGCUGCUCAGGCUGACGCAAGAAAGCUGAAAAAACUUCCACUGCAUCUGGGAAUGAUAAUUUUAGAGGAUGACAUGUCUUACACUGACAUAGCAAACUUUAUCUUGUGGUCAGCAGCUAUGGGAAUAUCAUUUAUAAGCAUUUAUGACACAAAUGGUAUUGUAAAAAGGAAUGAAAAGACCCUUAGAGAAGAAAUUGCAAGACGGAAAAGUUCAUACAAUGACUCAGAAAAUAGUAAAGCAGAUAUAGAGGUGCAUUCCAGUUUAGAAAAAUUAACCAAUAAAAGUUCUUCACAGGUUGAUGUGUUUUUACUGUCAGUGAAAGAUGGGCGGCAAUCUAUAGUUAAUAUGGCAAGACAUAUAUGUCAUCAGGUUUCACUUAGACAGUUAAAAUCUGUGGAACUAUCACCUCAUUCUGUAGAUAAACUUUUUCAAGAAGAGACUGGGUAUCCAGACCCUGAUUUAGUUGUAAAAUUUGGCAGUGCAGAAACUUUAAUGGGAUUUAUGCCAUGGCAUGCUCGUCUCACUGAAAUUCUAUCUUGGCCAUCUCAUUUCGGUUUAGAAUACAAGACAUUUAAAUCACUGCUAGUCAGCUAUGGAAGUACAGAGCAGCGCUUUGGAAAGUGACAUUAUGUAACUUCACACGAGAUAAAAAAACCAUGUGAUUAUAUUUAGCAGCUUAUCCAAGGCACGUCCCAUCAGUAACUGUCCCAGAGCUUAUUGUAUUACAGUAUUUUCUGGAAGUGUUGAGCUACACUUUGGAAAGUGAUGUUAUUUGGCUAUCUAUGAGAUAAAAAGUCAUCUUAUUUUAAAGAGCAGCUCAUCCUAGUUAUGAUAUAACAUGAAAUUUUCCAGGGUGCAUUACAGUAUUUUCCAGAAGCACAAAGCAGCUCUUUUCAAAGUGACAUUAAAGUUUACUGCUUGGUAGAGAAGGAAAAGAAUCAUGUGAUUAUGUAAAACAGCUUAUCCAAGGCAUAAUCUAACAGCAAACUUUUUAGGGUGCAAGUUAGUACAGUAUUUUCCUCUGCACCUUAAUGUGUUCCUGCCAUGAGUUUGGACUGGUUUUGUCCAUGUCAGUAUAUGCUUGAACGUUCCAUGAAGUAUAUGUGUCAUCACAUUUUGAGUUCUCAGUAUAAUUCGUUUUAGAUAGACUGCAGUCUUUAUACUAUGUUACUAAUAGAAUGUUCUUAGCGGUGGUUGCUUGAAUUCUCGUUUUGGACAUGCAGAAAUCAAUUUAGUUUUAAUAAUGAGUCCCUGUGAAAUACAGUGGGUAUCAUCUCAUUAAAGAAAACACCUAACAUGAAACACUACAACACUGAACAGUCCUUAAUGCUUGAAGACAUUUUAAUAACCGAGUAGAUGUUUGAUUAAAACACAUGCAUCAGAUGUUUCGUUUAUACAACUUCCAGUCUGUUUAAGAUUUCUAGAAGUCUAAAAUCAAUUUCGUCUUUUUGUAACUUUAUCAUCAGAAGCCUAUGCUGUUUUCAAAGGUCAGUUUUCGAACUGUCUGUAUGAAUUUUAUUUCUGACUGGAAAAUCAGCUGUAUGAACAUUCUCAGACUUUGUGAUUUAGUACAUGUUUUUAGCUGAACCAAAAUUUAGCCGCAAGUUGUUUCGGAGCGUUGUAUUUUUGUAACAUUUUAGAUAGCAUUUACAGUGGGUAAAAAAACAAAACGACAGUAUUCAGGGAAUUGAAACUUAACCAUAACAACUUUGACAAUUUCUGUUGGAUAAAUUAUUGACAUUGAAUAAUCAGAUUUCUCGUAUCUUAUUUUGACAACCAGUGCGCGUAAUAACUGUAUGCGCAUGGAUGCAGGAUGCAUAUCUGAACCAGCCAGUGGACAUGUUUGUUGUUGUAAUAAUGUGUUCUUGAUUUAACUUGCUGAAAAGAGACUGCAUUAAGACAGGCCAGUAUAUUUCCAUUAGACUGUUCACAAGGCAACCAUGAGAAGUGUUCUCAUGCUAUUAUCAAACAUCAUUGUAUCGGAUUAUUCUUGAAAAGUAAAACUGUUCUUGGAGAUGUGUCCGAUAGUGCAGCGUUGCCAUUGGUCAAUUCUAAAUUUCUGCUCUGAAACAAUAACGAUAUUAGAGGUUUUUCAUUGGUUACCAAACUUGUUUUAUAAGCUUGAACCCGGCUGUUCUUUAAUAGUAUAACUCCUUGACAGUCUGAUGAGAUAUUCUUGUAAGUUGUUUCUGUAUGUUGUAUGGGUUGAAGGGUGAUAUAAUGUUACGCAUUGAAAACAGACUCCUACACCUUGUGCUUGUAACUUUUCUGUUGUUGCAUGUAUGGAUACAUAUACAUGAUUGUAUUGUUUACUGACAGUAAUGUUAUGUGCAAUUUUCAAAUAAAAAUUCAAUUUGAAACAUAUACAACAAACUUCAUAAUAUGUUUUCAGUACGACUAACACAGUAAUUUUGGUUGGAGUAAUUUAUACAUGUAAGGUCUAGCCGUAGUGAUGCAUGGGCAUUUUUAAAGAUUUUUAUUUAUUUUAUGUACACAUAGACUAGAUUUUAUAUACAUGAAUACACAAACCUGUGAACAAAAGGUGCUAAGUUGCAGUAAAAAAUGUGAAAGCUGAUGUUAAUCCAUUUGGUCAUGUAUUGAGAGUAAGAAAUUUCAGUCGGCCAAAAAAAAUUGUUGUGAAACAUGAUACAGUUGAUGCUGCUUGUUGUGUACUAUUUAUGACUUGCACCUACACAGUAUGUCUCAAAUAAGAUACUGGUAAUACAGUUACUCACUUCAGCAUUGUUGACUGGAACACUGGCAAUUCAUGUUGUCCCAAAUUUGCUCAAAAUGCUGUAUAACUCAAGCAUUUUACUUAUCCCCUUGCAAUCUCCAGCAAUCAGUGUUUACUGUAAUUGUAAAAGAAUGAAUACUUCAUUUAUUUUGAAGUUUGUAUGUAACGUAGAAGCUGCUUUUGUAAUAUACGUAUUGUUUAAGAGUUUUGUAUGUUGAUAUUGUUUGACUGAAUGCUGCUGAAUCUGAUAAUAUAUUUUUCUCGAAAGUCCAUUGCUUCAUAAAUUCCAUAGCUGCAUCUCAAAAAUUCUUAUCUAAAUAGCAAGUUAGUCUCCUUUCAGUGAAAUAUUUACUUAGGUCAUAAGAUGUUUAUAUACACAAGUCUUCCAUUAGAUUUUAGUUGACACUAUGAAAUCAUAAGAGAUUUUUUUGUUACUGUUAGAUGAUAAAUCAACUGAUUAUACACCUGUAGUUUGUAGUUUAUACACUUUUUACAGUGAAGGUUUACACUUUUAUAUACAUUCUAGUGACUAAUAAGAUGUUUUCCUGAAACAAUCAGUAAUUGGAAAAACGAACAAACAUGACAAAUACUAACAUUCAGUGGAUUCUAGAUUACUGUAUUAGGAUGUGUUGCUGUACAUGUUUGGUAACCUUUAGCCUGCUGGCGGCAAUUGUAUCUGCCUUAUCAUGGUCUGCACUGUUCGCUAUUCAGUGAACAACCCUUCCAAAAAUAAAUGGUAUUGUCCAGACUGAAUGAUGGACCAGUCCAUUUAAGAAAUUUAGCAGGCUAAGGGUUAACAACAAACAAAAGUUAUCAUGUAAUUUCAGAAAAAUUAGACGUACUGUUCAUAUGAACCUCUGAAUUUUGGAUAUUGUUCUUUAAUUAUAAAAAAAAAGGUGGUGGGUACCUUUUAUUGGAUUGACCUUAUCCUGUUUUACGUAUUGUCUGAUUUAAGAUAGAAAUAAUUGUUGUACAUGUUGUUCGAUUUUUAGGGGGUGUGGGCAAGUAACAUUUCAAGUGGAAUAUUUUUUAGGAUUGAUGAAAAUACGAGUUUUUAGUAAAAUAUAGAAAUAUGAAAUUGUUAAUUUUUCCCUGUUUUGAAAUGAAUCAACUUAAGUGUAUUUAUUUUUUAUGGUAUUUUUAAGCAUUUUUAAGUUUAUUGUUACUAUUAACAGUGCUAAUGUUAUGUUUAUUUCUUGUUAGUUAUAUAUCCAUGGCCACAUACUGUUUAUUAAUGUGAUCCUGACAAAAAUAUAUUGAGUCAGUAUGAGUGGAGGAGGGAGCAUUAGGUGAAAGGGAAUUGUCACUUACAAACGAAGUAUUUGAUUUGUUUUAUCUACCACUUAUAAGUCGGAAGGGACGUAUUAUGUUAAGACCCCGAUGUCUGUCUGUUAGCAAUUUUGUGUCUGCUCUAUAACUCCUGAACCCCUUCAAGGAUAACAUGACACAAAUGUUCACCAUAUUGAAACUUGUAGAGCAAAUGUUUUCGAUGGCUUGCUUCAAGGUCAAGGUCACACUUAGGGGUCAAAGAUCAUAUGACUUUGUUUUCUGUCUGCUCUGUAACUAUUGAAUUUCUUGCAGGAUUUUAAACAAACUUGACACAAAUGUUCACCACAUGAAAGAAUUACUUUCUCAGUGUUACCAGUCCGGCUGAAUUACACUAACAUGUAAGCAGGUAUUCAAUGUGCAUUAUUCUAAUAUUGGUGAAAAAUCGGUCAUUUUAAGAGCUGAUUACAGGCCCUAGUUGUUUUAUUGCUCACAAAUUAAAAGAUACUGCAGUUAGAUUAUUUGGCCAAGUCUCAUCUCAUCGAUAAAUGUUAGAGCAGAAAUACACAUCAAUUUCUUUAAAGACUGAUAUUUCAGUGCCUGUACGAGUGUGGAUGUAGUAAAUCCCUAAUUAUAAGUUUAUGCUCAAACAUCCUGAAUUUUCCUAUGCAUAAAUAUGCAAGGUUUUGGAUAAUUUUGAUGCCAUGGACACUUACUAAUGCUACAUGUUACAGGUUUAGAUUUCAUUCUUACACAGGCAUUCAUAUACAUUGUAUAUGAAUGCCUGUGUAAGAAUGAAAUCUAAACCUCUGUAUAGAAACAUUUAUGUGUGCCACCAUUUUCUUUCGUCAAUAGGUACAAGAGUAUUUGAUAUUAAUGACACUUAUACUCAUCAGUCCCUCUUGAAUCAAACACAUUAUAUUUUUAUACAAACAGUAAGAAUGUAGGUGUGUCUAAACUUCACAGGAGAAAGAAUUCUAUGUGUUUUAUAUGUUACACAGACCAGAUGUUAACAAUAUCAAAUUUAUAAAAAUUUACUGAACUAAAAUUUCACUGUUAUAUGUUAGAUAGCUGUAAAUUUAUUUUCUUUACCUUUUGGACCAAUGGUAAUAUUACUUUCAUACUUAUUUUGUCAUCAAUGUUGUAUGGAAAAUGUACAUGAAAGAGAGAAAUUAAAACAAAGCUAGGGGAAUAUAUAAUAUAUAUUCACCUAGCUUUGUUUUAACUAUAUAUAUACAUGUAUGUGAAACUAUUGUUACGCUAUGGUUUAGUCCGUCUCGCAAUUUAAUGAAAUGGUGACCAUUUUGGUUCAAGCUGUUUGUCUGAAAUACAUAAUUGCAUUAUUUGUUAAGGAGACAUUAGAGAGUAAAACAAGUAUGUGUUAUUUAAUAUAAAUGUUAAAAUUGUAAAUAACCAUGAUGUAUAACAGAUUCAGAGAUCUAGUAUGUAUAUGAAAUACGUUAAAUAAACAUAAAACUUCA